AUGGAUGCGCAUGGGGCGGUAGAUAGAAUCAAUUCUAAUCAAGAGUGUUUUGAAGCUGAAGGGAAUCUAGUGGAAGAUAUCAAGGAGAUGCAGGGGUGGUUUAGAUCUUUCUCGUGUAAUUGGCAACGACUAGAUGGUAACAAGUUUGCCCAUGAGCUAGCUCAAUAUGGCAUAAGGAACGCUGAUCUAGAAGCUAAUGGCUGA